AUGGGAAGACAAAAAGAAAAGUUUUGGCAACAUGCUGAGCAACUUGAUAGUUCACAUUUCAAAUGCAAAUUUUGUGAAAAACAAGUUUAUGGAGGGGUCACUCGACUCAAGUAUCAUUUAGCUAAGGUUAGUGGUCAUGAUGUUGCCUCUUGUGAGAAAGUAUCAGAUGAUGUCCAAGCAGAAGCUCUUCUUGCUAUUAAUUCUGAAUCAAGUAGCAAAAAGCGGAAGAGUUGUACCAGUGGUGAGAGUAUAGUUGGUUCUUCUCCUUUAGCUAUAACUAGUCAAAGGCAGUCCACAAUGGAGGAAAUGAUCCCUAAGAUGGACAAAUCAACUUGGGAGAAAUCUCUUCGUGAUCUUUUUAUUAAAAAUAACAUUUCUUUCAAUGUUGUUCAAUCGGAUGCUUUCAUCAAUUUUGUGAAGUGCACAGCCCGUUAUGGUCCUAGUGUUCCUAUUCCAAGUUAUGAAACCCUUCGUGGAAGAAUAAUUCCUAAAGCAAGAAAGGACCUUGAAAAAUAUGUUGAAGAAGUAAAAUUUUCUUGGAAGCAAACUGGUUGUACAUUCAUGUCUGAUUCAUGGACUGACUUGAAGAAGCGGUCUUUUCUUAAUGUGAUUGCUUAUUCCCCAGGUGGUGCUCUCUUUUUGAAGUCAGAGGAGUGUUCUCAUGCUAAAUUGACUGCUUUUUAUAUAUUUGAUAUUCUUGAGAAAGAGAUUGAAAGUAUUGGCCCAAAUUUAGUGGUUCAGCUAAUUUCAGACAAUGCAUCCAAUUAUUCAAGUGCACUUGAUAUGCUUACUGGAAAGUAUCGUUGGUUGUUUAAGACUCGAUGUGCAGCCCAUGGUAUCAAUCUAAUGUUGAAAGAUAUCUAUGAAAAGGUUUUUUGGGUUCAAGAAAUUUUUGAUGAGUGGAAGAGAAGCUUAGACUCCUAG